AUGGAAUGGGCGCCAAGAUUGAUUAUCCUCGGUCUCCGAUUCGCUGAUGCUGCCAACCUUACCCAAGCUUUUAUUUUGACGACAUCAAACUCCAGAAAAGAUAUCAAAUUCCCACGAUGUACUGCCCAAACGCAUAUCCGGACCAAUAUCUGUUCUCGCAACUACUCGACUCAGAAACCACUCUUAUCUAAAGCGCCCACUCCUAGGACACCUGCGUCCAAAGCCAAUGCUCUUCCAAAGAAGCCGGUUAAAGCCGUAGCUGCGAAACCAGUUGUCAAAUAUGCACCGUCCCAAACUUGGAAACCAACUGCGCAACGAGCUGCGCCGGAACAUGUCCUUGUAUAUCAUGCUGGAACAGGGAAGAUAGUCUUUCUCGGCAUGCUGCGUACAGCCACGAUAUUCGUCGCCGGCGCGUCGUCUAUCAUUAUUGCACCGGCAUUUUUUGCCGAUGAAUUUCCUUCCUAUCUUGCACCGCUGAUUGUCAUUGGCGGCAUGCUCCCCCUCAUAUUCGUGGCAUAUACAACUGCCCCAUUCGUGAACAACAUCUACCUCCAUCUUCCAGUCUUUGCACGAAAAUCGCGAGAGGCAGCAUUAGAAUACGUCAAGAAUCUCCCAUCGACGGCUACGCUAUCAAUUAAGACCAUGAAGAUUACCACAAUCCCACGCACGACAGAAGUGCGUAUAUCAGAUCUUGUACGUGAUAAAUCACUCUUACGGCCGGUCACGUUUAGAAAUACCUAUUCCACAGGGUAUGGUACAUUGAAGCAAUUCUAUGCGUUUCCUACCAGUAAGAAUGCUCGUUCGACGCCUAAGUUUUACCCAGAGUUGUGGGAUCAUAUAUUUGCUCAGAUACAGAGUCAAGGGGCUAAGUAAUUUGUUUAUACCCUACAUGAUGUACUUAUAUAUGUAUCUUAAUUGAUGCCUCUCUAGGAACUAGCACAGUCUUUCUCACUGGUGGAACUUGACGCUAAGAUGAAAUAGUAAGAGAGGGGCAGCAGGGUUGACUAGUAGGCCUCCUUUGUUGCUGCCUCUUGCAGUUGA